AUGGUGAACGUAUACCACGACGAUCAUGCUGAUGCCGUGGCAACGACCGGAUCGUUCCUUAUCGUCUGCUCGGAAGAGGACAUCGGAUCACUGAUUGACCGACGAACCGAUGAUCCUCACUCACCAUCCGUGCAGCUCAGUGCAUCUCGCAAGAUGGCGAAAGUGUCUCAGCCAGAGCUGAAGCGCUUCCUCGACAAGCGCAUCGCCGUCAACAUCCAAGGUGGUCGCAAGAUCCAGGGCACGCUUCGUGGGUUCGACAUGUUCCUCAACCUCGUCGUCGACGACGCUAUCGAACAGGUGCAUCCCGACGCAAGCAACCCCAAUGUAUGGCAAGAUGGAGAUCGAUGCGGAACCGUAGUAGUUCGAGGCAACAGUGUCACUUCACUCGAAGCUUUAGAGAAUGUCAAGACAAGGUAG